AUGUGUCCAUGCAGAGUGAAGAAAUGGCAUCACAAGACCAUACAGACAGAGGCUUUGCCUCAAGAGAAACAGCAGGAUUCUUCUGAAUUCAUAACUUCAGAGGAACCCAGCUUGGAGUAUUGGAAGAAAUUGGCUGAGGAGCGCAGAAAAGCCCUUGAUGAGGCACUCAAAGAGAAUGAAGAACUCUGGGAGAAGGUACAUGAACUGGAAAAGGAAAAGGCUGCAAUGGAACUCAUUGUUAAUGAGGCCAAGGCCAUGGCUGAAAUGCUUCAGGAAGUUACCAAUGAAGAUGAGAGCUGAGACUACUGUAUCUUUUUUGCAUGUGAUUGUAAUUAGCUGAAGGUGUUUUGAUGCUUGCUUGCUAAAUAAACCCAUGACUUGAGUUCAGAAGGAG